AUGUCAAAAAUACCUUCAGGUGGUGAAAGUUUCCUCUCCGAGACCCUCAAAGGAUCUGAGGCUUUGGUUCAGGGUCGUGCUCUGCAGAAUGAACCUGCAGUUGAUACAAGCUCUGUUUCAGACAUCCAGGAGGUGGCCAAGCUGGAAAAGCACCUGAUGCUUCUCCGCCAGGAGUAUGUAAAGCUGCAGAAGAAACUAGCUGAUACAGAACGGAGAUGCAACCUUCUGGCUGCCCAGGUUAACCAAGACAAUGCCAGUGACACCUUCAUCAGUCGACUUCUUGCCAUUGUAGCUGAACUGUAUCAGCAGGAGCAGUACAGUGAUCUGAAGAUAAAGGUUGGGGACAAGCAGUUCAGUGCUCACAAAUUUGUCUUGGCGGCACGCAGUGACACCUGGAGUCUUGCUAACCUUGCCUCAACAGACGAGCUGGAUCUGUCAGAUGCUGACCCGGAGGUAACCAUGGCAAUGCUGCGGUGGAUCUACACAGAUGAACUUGAACUGAGAGAAGAUGAUAUCUUCUUGACAGAGCUCAUGAAACUAGCUAAUAAAUUUCAGCUCCAGCUGCUUAGGGAAAGAUGUGAAAAAGGAGUUAUGUCACUAGUUAAUGUCAGGAACUGCAUUCGUUUCUAUCAGACUGCUGAGGAGCUGAAUGCUAGCACUCUUCUGAACUAUUGUGCUGAGAUAAUUGCUAGUCACUGGGAUGACUUGCGUAAAGAAGACUUCAGUAGCAUGAGUGCUCAGUUACUGUAUAAAAUGUUCAAGUCAAAGACAGAAUAUCCUUUGCAUAAGGCUAUUAAAGUUGAGAGAGAAGAUGUAGUCUUUUUGUAUCUUAUUGAAAUGGAUUCACAGCUUCCUGGGAAGCUCAAUGAAUUGGAUCAUAAUGGAGAUCUUGCUUUGGAUUUAGCCCUUGCCCAAAGAUUGGAGAGUAUUGCAACUACACUGGUCAACUACAAGGCUGACGUAGACAGGGCAGACAAGAGAGGCUGGAGUCUAUUACAUAAAGCUAUCCAGAGAGGAGAUAAAUUUGCUGCGAACUUUCUCAUUAAAAAUGGUGCCCGUGUGAAUGCUGCUACACUGGGAGACCAGGAGACUCCUCUGCACCUUGUGGCGUCAUACAGCCCCAAGAAGCAUUUGCCAGAUGUGAUGGCAGAGAUGGCACAGAUAGCAGAGUCUCUCUUACAGGCAGGAGCCAAUCCAAAUAUGCAAGACAGCAAAGGAAGGACCCCAUUACAUGUGUCAAUUGUGGUCAGGAAUGAACCUGUAUUCAGUCAGCUUCUUCAGUGCAAACAACUAGACUUGGAGCUGAAGGAUCAUGAAGGAAGCACAGCGCUAUGGCUUGCAGUUCAGUAUAUCACUGUAUCAUCUGAUCAGUCUGUAAACCCUUUUGAGGAUGCCCCUGUCGUAAAUGGAACCUCAUUUGAUGAGAACAGUUUUGCAGCAAGGUUGAUCCAACGAGGCAGCAAUACAGAUGCUCCAGACACAGUAACAGGAAACUGCUUGCUUCAGAGGGCAGCUGGUGCAGGAAAUGAGGCAGCUUCUCUCUUCCUAGCAACUCAUGGAGCAAAAGUCAACCACCAAAAUAAAUGGGGAGAAACACCACUGCAUACAGCCUGUAGGCAUGGCCUAGCUAACCUGACAGCAGAACUUCUGCAACAAGGAGCCAAUCCAAACAUCCAGACGGCAGAAGCAGUGCUUGGUCAGAAGGAUGCGUCUUCUCCAACAGCAGAGAGUGUUUACCUGCAAACUCCCCUUCACAUGGCCAUUGCUUACAAUCACCCAGAUGUGGUGUCGGUCAUCCUGGAACAAAAAGCUAAUGCUCUUCAUGCUACCAACAACUUGCAAAUUAUUCCUGACUUUAGCCUAAAGGACUCAAGAGACCAGACUGUGCUGGGAUUGGCUCUUUGGACAGGCAUGCACACAAUAGCAGCUCAGCUGCUUGGGUCUGGGGCGUCCAUCAAUGACACAAUGUCAGACGGACAGACUCUACUACAUAUGGCAAUACAGAGACAAGACAGCAAGAGUGCACUCUUUUUGCUGGAGCAUCAGGCAGAUAUAAAUGUCAGAACACAGGAUGGAGAGACUGCCUUACAGCUAGCUAUAAAAAACCAGCUCCCUCUUGUGGUUGAUGCUAUUUGUACCAGGGGAGCAGACAUGUCUGUGCCAGAUGAGAAGGGAAAUCCUCCUUUAUGGCUUGCCUUAGAAAAUAACCUGGAAGAUAUUGCAUCAACUCUGGUUAGGCAUGGCUGUGAUUCAACCUGUUGGGGGUCAGGACCAAGUGGCUGCUUACAAACUCUUCUUCAUAGAGCUAUUGAUGAAAACAGUGAACAAAUAGCAUGCUUUCUUAUUCGCAGUGGCUGUGAUGUGAAUAGUCCCAGAAAGCCAGGCCCGAAUGGAGAAGGAGAAGAGGAAGCUCACGAUGGACAGACACCCUUACACUUGGCAGCUUGCUGGGGACUAGAAGAGGUGAUCCAGUGCCUUUUGGAGUUUGGUGCCAAUGUCAAUGCUCAGGAUGCAGAAGGAAGAACUCCCAUCCAUGUUGCCAUUAGCAACCAACAUAAUGUUAUCAUUCAGCUUAUGAUUUCACAUCCAGAUAUUAAGCUAAAUGUACGUGACAGGCAAGGAAUGACUCCCUUUGCAUGUGCCAUGACAUACAAAAAUAACAAAGCAGCUGAAGCAAUUUUGAAGAGGGAGCCAGGAGCUGCUGAACAGGUUGAUAAUAAAGGUCGGAAUUUCCUACAUGUAGCUGUUCAGAACUCAGACAUUGAGAGUGUGCUGUUCCUGAUAAGCGUACAGGCUAAUGUAAACUCUCGGGUUCAGGAUGCCUCCAAACUAACACCUCUCCACCUGGCUGUACAAGCUGGCUCAGAGAUCAUUGUACGUAAUCUGCUGCUUGCAGGUGCCCAGGUGAAUGAACUGACUAAGCAUCGUCAGACUGCUCUUCACUUAGCAGCCCAGCAAGAUCUGCCCACAAUCUGUUCAGUCCUUUUGGAGAAUGGAGUAGAUUUUGCAGCUGUAGAUGAAAAUGGAAAUAAUGCUCUUCAUCUGGCAGUGAUGCAUGGCCGUCUAAACAAUAUCCGGGUCCUUCUCACAGAGUGCAAUGUGGAUGCAGAAGCCUUUAAUAUUAGAGGCCAGUCACCAAUGCAUAUUUUGGGACAAUAUGGGAAAGAUAAUGCAGCAGCCAUAUGUGACCUCUUCUUGGAGUGUAUGCCAGAAUACCCUCUAGACAAACCUGAUGCUGAAGGAAACACAGUGCUCCUGUUGGCUUAUAUGAAGGGAAAUGCUAACUUGUGUCGUGCAAUAGUGAGAGCUGGGGCUCGUCUUGGAGUUAACAACAAUCAAGGAGUCAAUAUCUUCAACUACCAAGUUGCUACAAAACAGCUUCUCUUUAGACUGCUGGAUAUGCUGACAAAAGAACCUCCCUGGUGUGAUGGCUCCAACUGCUACGAAUGCACUGCCAAAUUUGGAGUCACAACGAGAAAGCAUCACUGCCGACACUGUGGACGCCUGCUCUGCCAUAAGUGCUCAACAAAGGAGAUUCCUAUCAUAAAAUUUGAUCUGAACAAGCCAGUUCGAGUUUGCAACAUCUGCUUUGAUGUCCUGACUCUGGGAGGAGUCUCCUAGUAUGCUGUGGAAGUAAAGGGAUUCCCAGUCAGUGCUCCU